AUGGAGGUUGUGUAUGUAUAUCAACGUAAAAGGAAGGAAUUUGGACGGCAGACCCAGUUCCGGGACAUACUGGCCACGGAAUUGUCAGUCCACAUUCUCCCUGAUCCAUCUCAAGAAAAGAACUAUCUCGUCAGAAAUCCAUGUGCUGCAGAGGUCCAGUGUGCUCCUGACAAAUCGGAACAUGAGGCAAGUAAAUCAUACCUUGUCGAUUUCAUUGUCAAUACAGAAUCUCUAGUGACUGUAAAUACCGGAAUACUGCAUCUACAAGGUGGUUGGCCAAGAGAUGUCGACCCAACGGAUGCUGAACAUACCAUCCGUUUCAGGAAAAAGAUUGAAAAGGACGAUGAAUACGUCAAGAGCCUCAUGGAACACUGCAUCAAACAAAACAACGCCAUUGAUAUCUAUGAAGAAUAUUUUAUCGAUGCCGCAGAUACAAUGGCAGUAGAACCACCUUCAGCUAAAUCCCUGAACGUUUACAGAGAUCCAAGUCCUGUAAAACGAGCAGCAACCUUCGUAUCAUGGUAUCCAGACGAUGGUCAUAAAAUGGCCGUAGCAUACUCCAACCUACAAUUCCAAGGAACACCACAAAACAUGCCUUGUGAAUCAUACAUUUGGGAUAUCGAGAAUCCAAAUACACCCGAUCAAGCCUUGAUAGCGCCAAAUCCAUUGUGCUGUAUCAAAUACAACCCGAAAGAUCCUCAUGUCCUGGUUGGAGGAUCGUAUAAUGGUCUUGUUGCAUAUUGGGAUACAAGGAAGGGCUCUUAUCCAGUAGACGUGUCGGCAAUCGAAAAGAGUCAUAGAGAUCCAGUGUAUAAUGUAGCAUGGGUGCAAUCCAAAUCUGGUGCCGAGUUCUUCUCAACAUCAACUGACGGCCAAGUGCUGUGGUGGGAUAUUCGGAAACUGUCAGAACCUACCGAAUCUCUGUUACUGGAUCCAGACAAGAAUGGACAGAUUGUUGGAGGCACUGUCCUGGAUUAUGAAACGACCAUGCCAACAAAAUUCAUGGUUGGAGCAGAGAAUGGUUCUGUAUUCAUGUGCAAUAAAAAAGCCAAGAAUCCAAAUGAGAAAAUCACGCACAUUUAUCCUGGCCACCAUGGUCCUAUUUAUGCUCUUCAGCGAAAUCCCUUCUUCCUGAAAAACUUCCUAACUGUCGGUGAUUGGACGGCCAAGAUUUGGGUUGAAGACGUGAAAACACCCAUCAUGUCAACCAAGUACUCAUUGUCGUAUAUGACUGAUGGUUGUUGGAGUCCAGCUCGACCUUCCGUCUUCUUCACCGGCAAGAUGGAUGGUACAUUGGAUGUUUGGGACUAUGUAUUCAAGCAAAACGAUCCCACUCUUACUGUACAGGUCUGCAACGCACCCAUUCACUCCAUCAAGGCUCAGGAGCAUGGAAAGAUGGUUGCUGUAACUGCUCGUGAUGGAUCCACUACCAUUUUAGAGCUAUCGGAGGGUCUAUCAAGAAUACAGAACAAUGAAAAGGCUGUCUUCUCGGCUAUGCUGGAACGUGAAGCCAAACGGGAAAAGACACUAGAAGCUGCUGCUCGUGAAAAGAGGCUUAAAGCACAAGCUCAACAAAAACGACCAGGCUCUGGCGGUGCAGGCAAAGGGCCAAGUUUAGAUGAUUUGGUUAAGAGUGCUGAAGAUGAAUUCUUCAAACUCAUCAGCGAAGCUAAAGACGCUGCUGAAAAGACCGAAGCACGAUCUGCACCAGCUCGCGAAGAGGCUAAUGACGUGUAA